UGUGUCUGGUUGCAACCUGCUGCAGGAGUCUUUAUUAUUAUGCCUUUAUGGAGCAGGAAGGACGAUGCAGGCUGAGGAAAAUUCAGUGCAACAUGAAUCUGAGGACUGAGAGAACAGGGAGUUAAGUCUUAUGUCCAUCCUGACUGCCAUGCCUGCAUUGGAGGUGAUCUGCAGCCUGAUUGGCUGGCUGUGCCUCUACCUGUUGUUCUGCUCCACCUUCUCUCAGCGAGGGCCUGAGUGGAACUGCCGCCUGGUCACCUUGACCCAUGGUGUCAUCAUAGUGCUGCUGACGGCAUACGUUAUGUUUGUUGACGGUCCCUGGCCCUUCACACAUGCAGGUACAGAAAACACUGACCUCCAGACAGUAGCCCUGGCUCUCUGCCUGGGCUACUUCUUCUUUGACCUGGGUUGGUGUGUGUGCUACCGGAGCGAGGGCCCCGUCAUGCUGGCGCAUCACGCCGCCAGCAUCGUGGGCAUCCUCCUGGCGCUGCUGAUGGGCGUGUCGGGCUGUGAGACCUGCGGGGUGAUCUUCGGCAGCGAGAUCACCAACCCGCUGCUGCAGAGCCGCUGGUUCCUCCGCCAGCUGGGCCUCUACGACAGCCUGCUGGGCGACGCCGUGGACCUGCUCUUCAUCCUGCUGUUCGCCACGGUGCGCGUCGGCGUGGGGACCGUCAUGUUUUACUGCGAGCUCACUUCGCCCAGGCCUUCGCUGGUAAUGAAGCUUGGCGGCGUGGUCAUGUAUCUGCUGGCCUGGGUGUUCAUGGUGGACAUUGCCAGGUUCGGCUACAAGAAGACCAGAGCCAAGUACAGGAAGUGGAUGGAGAACCACGAACCCAAAGGCACGAGCGAAGAGAAACCAGUUGGGCACGAGGACAAGAGCGAUUGACAAGACGAACAACUGCUUUAAUAGACCUCUCCAGGAAUUUAGUUAGCUUUAUUUUUCUUUUCUUUUUUUUUUACCUCUGCUCUACAUAAACUUGUCUGACAGAUAUAUGCUGAUCUGACAGAACACCCAGUUUCUGAGCCAACUGAAGAUUUACUUUCCAAAAUAACUACAAACUCUGUGUUAGUUGGCUUGUUAUGUGAAUAUUUAGCUUGCCAACUUAAGAUUUAAUUUGAAGAUAUAAAUAUUCAACUGCAAGCUGAAUAAUAAGCAUGCGAACUAUUGAUGAUAAAACAGAACUUCACUCUCAGUCUUCUGUUUGAUUGCUUUUAUGGUGCUAAAGGUGCUAUGUUCAGCUUUGUUUGACAUAAAGGUGAUAAAUAGUGACCUACUUUCAUCACUAUAAGCUUCUAUUUGCCAACAUUGUUUAUGUCCAUCUUGUGGAGUCACACUCAGUCUGACAUUUAAAAUAUUUGCUCAAAGUUGAUUCUUUAUUUAUUUUUUUUCUGCUUCUCAGCACAUUUCAGAAGAUGAA